GGCCCCCCGUCCAUUCUGGAGUCUUUUGGGUGGUCUGGGGGUUCUUAGGCGCGUUUCCUUUCCCUUUCUCCCCCCGAACAUCGGGCGUCGUGCUUCUUUCGCAAUGUCACUCCCCAGAGGUCUGGAGAUCUUCCCGCGGACCGGUUUUCCAUCCUGAGUAGUACUUUGGCGGUCUCAGGGCCUGGUGAGGGCCCGCGGAGGUUUCAAGCUGCCCCAAACCAUCCGUCGUGAUUUGUCCACGACGCGAGGACGAGGACCGCUGCCCCUCUCCGCUCUCCCCCCCCCUCGGGGACGGAGCGCUCGCUUUCCGUUGCGCACGUGCGCGCUCAGGCCGCUGCGCGGCGGUAGCCUCGCCCGUUUACUGUCGAACCCCUGUGAUUUGAGCGGGCCUCUGCCUGUCUGUCUGUCCGCGAGGAUGUCAGGGCCCCUCCAGAAGCACGUGUCCGCAGCCGGGGCCCCAGAGGCUGCGAGCCCCAGGCGCCGCCGCGCCAUGCCCUCCGGCGGCGGCGGCGGCUGCGACCCUGCGGCGGGCGCGCCGUGUCAGGGAGCGGCGGCCGCCCUCGGCGCGGAGGCUGCCUUCAAGCCCUCGGCGGCCUUCGGCGACACUAUCCUUCGGCGGCCUUCGGCGGCCGUCGGGGGCGUUUCUGGCGGCUUCGGUGCGGAGGACCACGACCUGCGCCAGUUCUGGAACGCUCCUGGCACCCAGCGCUGCUUUGUGGAGCUGUGCCGGCUCGGCCGCGCCGAUGGUCCUGUGGCGCUUCUGUCCGCGCCCUCGGUGUUCUUCGCUGGCAAGGCUUGGGGUUUACGCGCAGGCAGCCUCAUGGAGGCAUUCCAGGCUGGCCUCACCCAAAAGAGCGCGUGGCUCCUGGAGUUCGAUCGGCGAUGGGAGCCCGGCAACGAGCACUUCGUGUUCUUUGACUACCGCGAACCCGCAGCGAGCCUGCCUGGGCACCUGCUGGGCAGGUGUGGCAUGGUCCUGGCCGACCCACCGCACAUCAACCAGUGGGCCGCGGCGGAGCUGGGCGCCUUCCCGGCGGCCUUCGUCCCGAAGCAGAGCGCCGCCUGGGCGGAGCUGGGCCGCUGCCGCUAA